UCCCAGCGAUCCCGCGCGGCGGCCGCCCCCUCCUCGGCCGCGGCGCAGCCCUGCCCCUCGCCGCGCUUGGCCGCCGGAGCCGGAGCCGAGGCGGACGCGCAGCGCGCCGCGCCGAGCAGCCGGGCGCAGGCGGCGGAGCCGGGCAGCGCGGGUACCCGCCGGGCGGCGAGCGAAGUGGAUGCGGUUGAUGCUCCUCUGCUGCACCUGGAGGGACGAGCCUAUGGGAGAGGACGAAGGAAGUGACCUACCUGUAUGUGCGAGCUGUGGCCACAGUAUCUACGAUGGACAGUACCUCCAGGCCUUGAAUGCGGACUGGCACUCGGACUGCUUCAGGUGCUGUGAGUGUGGGGUCUCACUGUCCCACCAGUACUAUGAGAAGGAUGGGCGUCUCUACUGCAAGAAAGACUAUUGGGCCCGGUUUGGGGAGCUGUGCCAUGGCUGCUCAGAGCAGAUCACAAAGGGGCUGGUUAUGGUGGCUGGGGAGCAAAAGUACCACCCAGAAUGCUUCAGUUGCCUCAACUGCCGGGCCUUCAUUGGAGAUGGUGAUACCUAUGCGCUCGUAGAGCGCUCCAAACUGUACUGUGGGCACUGUUAUUACCAGAUGGUGGUGACCCCAGUGAUUGAGCAGAUCCUGCCAGAGUCGCCAGGCUCCCGGAUCCCACAUACCGUCACACUGGUGUCCAUCCCCGCCUGCACUGAUGGGAAACGAGGCUUCUCUGUGUCCAUUGACCAGCACUGCAACUCCCAGGGCUGUGGCACGGAGCACUCGCACACUGUCCGGGUCCGAGAAGUGGAUCCCGACUGCAUCAGCCCUGACAUGAAGAACUCCAUCCACAUUGGGGACCGGAUCCUGGAGAUUAACGGCACCCCCAUCCGGCAUGUUCCACUGGAUGAGAUAGACCUGCUGAUCCAGGAAACCAGCCGCCUCCUCCAGCUGACCAUAGAACAUGACCCCCACGAAGCCAUGGCCCGAGAGUCUGUGCUGGAAAGCAGCUCCCUCUCUGACCUGCACAGCCCCCUGCGCUCUCCUGCCCGCACACCCUGUGGGGAGGCCAGUGCCGUGUGCCACAGGACAGUCAUGAGGAGCUGCAGCACAGACAAAUCCCCAUGCUCUAGCUCCAUGGGCUCCCCUGCUUCCCAGCGCAAGGAUAUCAGCCGUUCUGAGUCGCUGCGCAUCGUCUCCCGUACCCAUCGCAUUUUCCGGCCCUCAGACCUGAUCCAUGGCGAGGUGCUGGGGAAGGGCUGCUUCGGACAGGCUAUCAAGGUGACACACCGCGAGACAGGAGAGGUGAUGGUCAUGAAGGAGCUGAUCCGCUUUGAUGAGGAAACUCAGAGGGCAUUCCUCAAGGAGGUAAAGGUGAUGCGGUGCCUAGAGCACCCCAAUGUGCUGAAGUUCAUUGGAGUGCUGUACAAGGACAAGAGGUUGAAUUUCAUCACAGAAUACAUCAAAGGGGGGACCCUACGAGGCAUCAUCAAGAGCAUGGAGAGCCAGUACCCAUGGAGCCAGCGUGUUAGCUUUGCCAAGGACAUUGCAGCUGGGAUGGCCUACCUGCACGCGAUGAAUAUUAUCCAUCGUGACCUCAACUCUCACAACUGCCUUGUGCGGGAGAACAAGAGUGUGGUGGUGGCUGAUUUUGGGCUAUCCAGGCUCAUGGUAGAUGAGAAGAACCCACCGGACCAGCUCAAGAGCCUAAAGAAACCAGACCGGAAGAAGCGCUACACAGUGGUAGGGAACCCCUACUGGAUGGCCCCAGAGAUGAUCAAUGGUAGAAGCUAUGAUGAGAAGGUGGACAUCUUUUCUUUUGGCAUCCUCCUGUGUGAGAUCAUCGGCCGAGUCAGCGCUGACCCUGACUACCUGCCCCGGACCAUGGACUUUGGUCUCAAUGUACGAGGGUUCUUGGACCGGUACUGCCCCCCUACAUGCCCACCCAGCUUCUUCCCCAUUGCUGUGCGCUGCUGUGACCUGGAUCCUGAGAAGAGGCCCUCCUUCAGCAAACUGGAGCAAUGGCUGGAGACACUGCACAUGCACCUGGAGAUCCGCCUGCCAUUGAGCUCGCAGCUGGAGCAGCUGGAAAGGGCCUUCUGGGAGACGCACCGGCGAGGCGAGGGUGGGCUGCCAAUGCACCCUGAGGUCCCUGACUGAGCACUGGGCAGGUGCUCAUGUAAAUAGUUCGCACUGAGCCCCGGCACAGGAAGGGGUGCUCACUACAUGCUCCCACAGUGCCCAGGGCCUUGCACUCCCAGUGCAUGGUGAAUACAGCCAUGGAGGACAAGUGCUACAUCCUGCCCAGCAUCCGCUGCCCCACAGCAAAAUCUCUGGGGUACCUCGGGGGUCAGCAGAUGGCCAAGCCCUCCCCUAUCUGCUAGGGCAGUUUUGUUGCUUCCCUUCCCAUGCUUACAAUUGGCCCCUGGGGGGAGCUGGCUCUCCCUGCUUCCUCACCCAUUGAGCGCUUCCUCCAGCACCGUACCCCCCUGCUGGGACCCCCUCGCAGUUUCCAAGCUCCUUGCCCUUGGAGGGGAGCUGCUUGAGCUUCAUAGAGCCACCCACAGCCUGCGGACAGCCCUAGCUGUAAAUAGUCCCUGUGCAUAACCCUUCCCCAUGCUGUACCCUGUGCUCCGCAUGCUGGGAGUGAGGUAGCAGUCAUGCUGCCCAUACCACAGGACCUGCAGGAGCUAGGGCACUGCCUGCAGCCCCCUCUGCCACUUGCUUUGUGACCGCACAAGCCACCCACCUGCAUCCUUUGCACGCUCCACAAAGCGCAAGGAGGGGGAUGUGCUCCCACUCUGGGCAGAGCCCCAGCAUCUGUCACUAGGGGGUGCUGGUCCUGGCUCUGUGCCUGCUGGGAGCCCCGUGGGUUCCCCUUGUACAGACCCUCAUCCUAUUGAAGUGGUGCCUUGGGUUUAUGUGAACUUGCACUGCAAAACAAAAGAGUUCUCUCAUUGUCAGUGUGGGGUGGUCCAUGUUGAUGAGUGCUGUGCAGACUUGUGCAGGGAGGUUGUAAUGGGGACCAUGGGCCUGUCUGGGUGGGGGGGGAGUGCAUGUCACAGGGCACAUUUGAGUGUGUCUGAUGGUGCAGGGCAGUGCAAUGUCUGUCACAGCAUCGGUGCCAGUCUCUUGCGGGGAGCAGGGGGAGGGGUGAGAGAGAGAGAUGGUGGGUUUGUAAUGGUGUUUGUCUGCGUAUGUGAUGGUGUUUGUCUGUCUUUUUCUCUGAGCCUAUGAGUUCUUAUGUGUGUCCCUGUCCUUCAUUAUGGUAUGUGUCAGUGCAUGUGAGAUCCCAGGCAUUUGCCCUCCUGGCCUGUGUCCAUUCAUCCUAGUGAAUGACUGCCCCAGUGCCCCUCACCCCCCACCCCCUCCACCUUGGUGAUAGGGCCACACUACCUCUCUUUUUGAGCCCUUUGAGGGUCUCUGUGUUCAUCCCUUCUUGCCCACUCCUCCUUCAGGUUCACAGCAGCCCCUGUUCAGGGCAGAUGCCUAGGCCUGUCUUCAGUUCCAUUCAACUCCACUUUGGCCUGAGCCCAGCCAGUGCAUCCCAAGCAGGGAUGUUGGCCCUCCAGGAGAUUGCACUGCAGAGCAAUGAGUCCUCCCCUGUGUGGGCUCCAGGCUUCCUGGGUCUGAUCCAGAGACUGCCAAGUCAGGAUGCUACCUCUGGCAUGGGCCCUUGCUCCUGAAAUGCCUGAUCACUGGUACUGAGCAAGAGUGUGCAUCUCAGGACAUGUGUAGGGGUCAUUGUGUGUGCAAGUCACACAUGCCUGGUGUGUUGAUGUCUGGGGGUGUGUGUGAGAGAGAGCACGGUUCCCUGUCCCUGCACACAUUCUGGGCUGGCACAGGUGUGUCUUGUUGCUGGGGUUGAAGCUGCAUUUCUCUGUGAGUGUCUCUUGCAGGCCACAUGGCUUCUGCUUCCUGCACGUGUUCAUGUGCCUGCUAGCACAUGUCCCACUGCAGUCUGCGUGUAUGUAUGUGUGGGUAUAAUUUUGCCCCCCUCCCCCUGCCCAAGUCUGUCCUGUUGUAAAUCCAGACCUCUGGGUUUACUGAACCAAGAGAAGGGGUGUGGGAACCCACUGCUUUCAUUUUUCCCCCAUGGACUACAAAGGCUCUGUCAGGUGACCAUUGACCCGGGUGUGUUAGCGCCUGUGCCCAGUGCUCGUGUGCAGGGGUCUGUCUGGGUGAGCACUGGCAGAGGGGUUCUGGUCUGGAGGGGUGUGUUCCCAGUCACCCCCGCUUGUCUGUUUUUGCAGUGCGGUGCUUUUCAUGCUACUUUUAUUCAGGUUAAUUUUCUGUAAUAUGUUUAAAGAAAAGAGUUUGUAUUAUUUUUUCAUACGGUUGCCAUGGCAAUUUGGAGUUUGCCAUUUGUCACUCUGCCUCAGUUCUGCUUACAGGAAGUAUUAAAACUGUGAAGCAUCUCUGCGCACUUUGACCUGGAAGUAAAAACUGAUGACCUCUCUGGAGGCGGGAAGGAGAACUCAGACUGUGAUGUAACUGAAAUCAUGACUCAAUAAAUCCAGUCCUUCCCCA